AUGGUGAAUGAAAUUAAGAAAACUGAGGAUAAUGUCAUCAGUACGUUAGGCGACAUUAAACGAGCAGUUUCAGAUUUUACGGACAUGUUUGCGGACAUGAAGGAGAACAUAUCGAACGAACUGUUAAAGGGAGGCGAUGAGAUCAAAAGGAGGGAAGGAAAACUUGAACGACCCCCGAUCGCUUUCCAUGCUAAUUACUUGACAGAUUUGGUUCAUGAUACUACAGAUGAGAUUGUUAUAUUUACAAAAAGUGUGAUUAACGAGGGAACAGGGUACGACACUUCUACUGGGAUUUUUACAGCGCCAGUUGGAGGACUGUACCAGUUUUCUGUGCAUACAUGUGUUUUUAGAGGAUACUAUGCUUUUAUUGGUCUGGUAUUAGACGGUAAAGUAAUUGCAGGAGGUUCUAACUAUGAUAAGGAUAGUUACACCUGUAGUACUGUUGGAGCAAUAGUAAGAGUUAGAUCAGGUGAAAAGGUUUGGGUAAAAUCAAGAUCGUCAAGUUCUAACAACCAACUAUAUCAAGACGCAAUGAAGAUGAACACAUUCAGUGGAGUACUUGUCAAUAACUGA